AUGACAUUCAAUACUUCAGAGGAGGACCUCCAUAGGAUUUUCGGUAAAUAUGGGAAGAUAUUUGAUGUUUACGCCCCAUGGGACGACAUGCACAAUCGUCAUCGAGGUUUCGGAUUCGUCAGAUUCCGCUACGCUACGGACACUUAUGCAGCGAUUGGGAUUCUCCAUGUGAAACAUGUGGACGGCCGCAUCCUCACGGUCGCGCUGGCCAACUCCAGAAAGGCUUCUUCCCCACCCAAAUCACAGGAUGCUCCGAACUCCUCUCAAAACCCCAAAACAGAUUUUCAGAACCAGACAUCUGCAGCAGGGAGAAAUAUGGCCUCCCAUCCCUCUGUCUAG